AACACCGCACCCACGAUGGACGAGCGUCGGGUGGCGGAUUACUUUGUGGUGGCCGGCAUGCCGGAGAACCCAAAGCUGCUGAAGGAGAACAUCUUCAACGAUUCGUCCCACCUGCGCUCGGCGGUCACCAUCGAUCCCAUCACCGACAUCGGCGUGUUCUUCCCAUCGCUGGGCGAGAAGAUUCCCGCCGACUACGAGGUGCUCGAGAACACACCGACCGGUCUGCUGGCAGAUCUCAACUAUGGCUCCGUCCGGACAGUGGCCUGCUUCAUCUACUACCGCCGGGGGAAGGAUAAACCGCCGCUGGUCGACAUCGGAGUCAUGUACGAAGGUGCCGAGCGGAUCAUGCCCGAUGCGGAGAUUGUCCACUACACCCCCGGCGAUCGGCUGGCCAACGUGAACAAUUCGUCGGCCAAAACAUUUCUCACGUUUCGCCGCGCCAAGAAUGACAUGCCCUGCAACGAGCUGGUCGUCACCGAUCUCUGCGUGGUCAUACCGUCCAAGGGGGAGAAACCACCGCAUGCCUUCUGCAUGAUCCACAAGACGCUCAACAAGGGCAUCAUGGGCAGCGACGUGUACCUAUGCUACAAAAAGUCAAUGAACCGUCCGAAACUGAUCAGCUACCAGCCGGAGAUUCUGCACCGGUACCCCACGGUGGACCACAACGAUUUCCCGCUAAAUCUGUGCCCCAGUGUACCAUUGUUCUGCCUCCCGAUGGGGACCACAUUGGAAGCGUGGCCGCAUGUGCCCGGGGGCGAUGGAAAAUUGAAGCGGAAGCCCAUCCAGCCUAUCUUUAGCACGUUUGUGCUAACGGUCAACGAUGGAACCUACAAAGUGUACGGUUCGGCCUUAACAUUCUACGAAGAUUUCGAUGAAAAACAGCUAAACGAACAGCAGCGGGAACUGCUCGAAUGGGGUUCGGAUUCCCACAAAACCCAUUCCCUACAUGUUAACAAAUCGAUCUGUCUGCUGUCCAGGUGGCCUUUUGGUGAUACUUUUGAAAAAUGGCUUCAAUUUUUGCACCAAGUUUCCAUCUUCGACGCUCCGCUAGAGGUUCCGAUCGAACGCUACAUUACCCAUCUGCUCGACGAAGUGCCAUUCCCGUCCCCGAGCAUCCUGCUACAGCUGUGCAACUUCAACAACGAGCGAAUUCUGCUCACCCUUCCGGAAGACUCGCCCCUUCCGCGAAGUGGAGCCGGAUUCCGCCAGCUGCUCUCCAAUCUGGGUCCGGAGAACUGCCUGCACGUGCUGCUCCUGGUGAUGACCGAACAGAAGAUCCUCAUCCACUCUCUUCGACCUGCCACGCUGACGGCCGUCGCCGAGGCUGUCUCGUCUUUUCUCUUCCCGUUUAAAUGGCAGUGUCCCUACAUUCCGCUGUGUCCACUGGGGUUGGCAGAGGUCCUGCACGCGCCACUGCCCUAUCUGAUCGGAGUGGACUCGAGGUUUUUCGAUCUGUACGAACCACCCAGUGAUGUGACCUGCGUCGAUCUGGAUACCAACACGAUCGGACUUUGCGAAUCGCAGAAACAUCUGAACACCAAGCUUCUUCCGAAACGAGCGGCUCGCGUCCUGAAACAGACCCUACGGAACCUGGAAGAACUGAGUCAAACCAGCUCGAACGAAUCAUCCAACAGUUUGGACCGUGAUUUUAAGAAAAAGCGACGCGAGCAGAACCUGGAACAACGAAUACAGGAAGCGUUUCUGCAGUUCAUGGCUUCGAUUUUGAAGGGGUACAGGGAUUACUUGGUGCCGAUUUCGCAAGCCCCGACUAGUCGAGCCACCGAUCCAGAUGCACUGUUUCAGAUGAAUGCGUUUCUACGAUCGCGAGAUAAAGCUCAUCACAAGUUCUUUCAGAUGCUCAUGAAAACGCAAAUGUUCAUCAAAUUCAUCGAGGAGCGUUCAUUCGUGUCCGACGGAGAUCACAACUUGGCCUUUUUCGAUGAGUGUGCGGAGAAAGUCAGCGCCUACGAGGAUACUCCCACCGAGAUCAAACUGAUUGAUUGGGAUUCUGGUCACGGCAGUGAGCGGACAAAGUUCAUAUUGCCUCCGGAGUGUCAACCGGGGCUAACCGAGAAGAGAUUCUUGUACGGAUCGUUCGUUUUGAACCCCAUUCUGUUGAAACAAUCCCGACGGAGCCUGCUGGUCAACGCGCUGCAGCAGCACAGUAGUUUGGCUCCCGGAUCUCCGAUGGCCCGUCGGACAAAACAUGAAAUUAAAACGGCCCAGAAGCUGGCUCGGAAGAACCAGGGCAAUCCGGAAUUGUGGGCCAAACACUUGUUGGCUGCCUGUUACUCCAUUUUUUUCAUGGUUCUUCCGAGUUUGAUCUCGGAAAAUUCCGGUCGAGAGCACACCAUUUUGAAGGCGGCCUACGACUUGCUGGCGAAAGCCUGCAAACUGAAAAUUCAGUGCGAUGAGGUCUGCUACAGGAUAAUGAUGCAGUUGUGUGGAAUGCACAAUCUCCCGGUCCUGGCCGUGCGUCUGCAUUACCUGAUGAAACGAUCCGGAAUCCAACCGAAUGCCUUAACCUACGGUUUCUACAAUCGUUGCGUGCUGGAAGCUCAGUGGCCCUCGGAUUCUAUCCUUUCCAGUCAAAUGCGCUGGAAUCGUCUUCGGAACAUCGUGAUGGGAGCUGCACAUUUCAAGCGAGCAGGCAAAAAGUUCGCCGCCCGUCGAAGGCUCUCCGCGUCCCAGGAGAAUAACCUUUGCACCCUGGAAUCCGUUGACGGAACUUCUCGCACCAGUUUGGACUCGGGGAUUUCCCAAGCGGAACACCAGUCCACCUCCGCCAUUGACUUUGCCGCCUUCGACAAACUGCGAGGGCGCUUGGGAGCGAUCGUGCGGCAAACUUCCGCCCAUCAGGAAUCAUCGGACGUGCUGUCCAGUGCCGGGUUGCUCAUAAGCGGCGAAGCCGGCCACCUAAAAAGCAACAGUCCGAAAGAUAAGCAAUCCUCAUUCAAACCGUCCUCUUCGAGUUCGUCGUGCGAUUUGAGUCCCCGGAUGUUGGCCCGGGCCGAUAGCUUCGCUGGUGAUUCCAAGUUUAUCGACAAACUGCAGAAGCAGGCCAAGGGUUUUCCAAACGGUACCGUGGUAACGGCCAACGGUGCGAUAGGGGACAGCGCCGUGACCAAGGUGAAGCGGGCAUUGGAUUUCCAGAACGAAAACGAGAACAGUUCGCAGGAGGAGCUGGCGGACGAUAAGGAUAACGCCAAGGGAAGUCCAACAAAGGUCUCGCCUCGCACACUAGUGACCCAGGACGAUCCGUUGGGUGCGUUGAAUGAUGAUGGGAACGACGAGCUGUUGGCAGUGCAACAGUCUACGGAGAAACUGUCCUUGGCGAGUGCCAAUGGAACUGGCGGUCAGAACGGAAUUCAUCACAACAAUACCAUCUACACGGAUCAGCCGAUCCUGUUCAAGGGUCAACGAUCCGCAACGUUCGACGAUUCGAUGCAGCUGAACAAGAGCAUGCACCGGUCGGAAACUAUGCCCGUGACGAGUUCGGUUACUUCCAGUUUUGCCAGUAUUGGGUCGUCGUUAAAGUUCAACUUCGGCCGUUACUCACCUGCACGUUUAUCCAUGAAAAAAGAUUUCAAAUCCCUAUCGACGAACGUGAUAGAGAGCAUUUCUAGCGUCAGUCCAAGUCUGACGGGUAAGAAAUCGAACGAGAUUCUCCAGGGAGGUCUGAGCAGUAUCAAAAACGCAGCCACUUCCGUUGCGAAGAAGCUGGAUGAAAUAAAGGAGGCUAUUUCGGCCAACACAACUCCCGUUAAGACAGGAUCCGGAACGAUCAACGGCGUCGGGGGACUGGAUCGUGACGUUCACGGUUCGGAGAGUGAUUUGCUAAACGAAGACGGCAUCAACGGAAACCGAUCGCGAAGAGUUUCUAGUGAGUUCGAUCUGUGGGGUCGGUUCAGCGAGUCCAGGAAGUCCAGUUACAAUAACCUAGUGCCUCUUGGGGAGAACACCACGUCCAACAACAGUUUGAACACAUAUCCCACGCUGCCGGACAACGUGUACACGGCGGUAGCUGAGAUUUCGGAACCGAACGAGUCCGAUUUCGUCCUACAGAUCACAUCCUGCUCGCAGUGUCACAACUGUUCGGUGCUACUGUACGACGAGGAUGUGAUGGCCGGCUGGUCGGCCGAGGAUUCGAAUUUGAACACAACGUGUCACGCCUGCACCAAAGUAACGGUCCCGUUCCUGAACGUGUUCAUCAUAUCGGAGGAACAGCGGUCGUCCAACAACCAAACGACGUUGUCCAAACAGCAGCAACAGCAAGCGGACGUAAUUACCGUGCCAUACCUGAAUCCGUUGGUACUUCGGAAGGAGCUGGAAAACAUUCUGGCCCAGGAGGGAGACCUAGCGCUGGCCAAGGCUAGCUUCGUCGAUGAACAUCCCAUCAUCUACUGGAACUUGGUGUGGUUCAUGGAGCGAAUCGACGUCAGUACGCAUUUACCGAACCUCUGUCUGCCGAAGAAGGAAGGAGAGAAUGUGGAUCCGUUGAGCAAUCUGAAAACCGUUUCGGUCCAUUGUCUGUGGGACAAUCCGCGGUUACACUCGGAAGCCGGGCCCGCUAUGUACAUGCUGUGGCGGCAAAACCAGCCGGCCAGUCCGCUCCUGAAGGCUCUCCUCACCGAUCAGACCUCCAUCAAUCGAGCAGUCAUGCAACAGGUCAUAGCUUCGAUCCGCUGCAACGAUCUGCUCACCCCCGUCAAGCGGUUGGCCAACGAACGGCACAAGCUCAAGCACCGCGGCGUUGAUCGCACGCACUCGAUCUACCGGGACAUUCUGUUCCUGGCGUUCAUUGCCAUCGGCCGGUCGAACAUCGAUCUGAUCUCGUUCCACCGGGAGUACGCGGCCGUGUUCGACAAGCUCACCGAAAAGGAGUGCAACACCUACUACCGGAGUCAGGAUCUACCGCCCUCGUCGGCGGCCAUUUUCUGCCGGGCGUACUUCAAACCGCUGAUGCUGCCCUGACCGCAGCUGAACCGACUGCGGCCCGAUCUCGCCGCCGCAAUGGGGCCACCAUCUGGAGGUAGUUAGCCCGGUCGAACGGUCAGAAAUCGGGUCGCCUACCUUCGACGAGUAAGGUAAGUGAUGACGCACCACGUGAUAGGGAUCGUUUCACCGUCUGUGUAAAUUAUUAUUCAAACAGUUAGUGAAAAACAAUAAAUUAUGUGUAGGUAAAUGCAGGCAACAUACUAUACAUUCUCAUCCAUUUUUCCUAGUAGGAGAGGUUUUCGCUGAAACCAAGCUACCAUAAACCAUUCCGUUCUUGACAUGCUUUGCGCAGUCAAAUGUUGAUGUUCAUUUGGCUCUAUAUUCUUGAAAUUUCAAUCGGUUUUAAUGAUACCUAAUCAUAAGACACCGGAUGGCCAAGUUGGAAAACAAUUGAUUGAGGAAUUCUUGCAUUAGAAUAAGAAAAAAAAUUUCAUAUAAUUAUUGGUGUCAGGAUUCAAGAAUCCCUUAAUAUGUUUUUUGUAGGACUUCUUUAGGGGUUCUAGCAAGGAUUUCUACAGAAAUGAUAAUGCCGGAAUAUCUCAGAGAAAUCCCUGAAGCAAUUACGUGAAGCAAUUCAAGCCAAGUCUAGAAGGAAAAUCUUGAGUUUUGUUGUUCUAAUCUCUGAAUAAUAUUCCUGAGAAAUUCUUGAAGAAAUCGCUGCUUUUUUCCUAAAAGUAAGUUUUUAUACAAUUGUAGCUGAAGAAAUCAGUUAUUCUCAUUUCUCAAGAGAAAGUUGUUACAGAAUCUCUUCUUACAUUCCUCAGCAAGUCUUUCAUGUAUUCCUUUAAGAAUGUCUUCAGGCAUUCAUCAAAGAUUUUUUGAUGAGCAUAUCUAGGGUCGCUUUCAGCUACAAAUGUUGCUUUGUUGUUUUCAGGCAUCACUACAAACAUUCCUCCAAACAUACCUCCAGACAUCCGGGCUCCUCAAAGAAUUCUUCCUCCUGCAUUUAUCGUAUUUGUCCAAGAAUCAUCCAGUCAGAAACUCAAGUAAAUUCCCAUAGAAAUUCAUGAAUCUUAGGUAGUAUUUUCCAUGAGUUCACCUGGAAACAUCUUCCAGACACUAGAAGCCUAGAAGUUGUCUUUAUUUUACUUAGGCUAACCAAGCCAAGUGGAAAUUAUAAUGUGGAUAAUGCUUUGACAGACAAUCAUCUACACUACAGAAACACGUGUUUGAUGGAAAAAUUGAGAUUUAAAUUGCCAAAAGAAAUCCACGUGCUCCGGUGAGAAUCGAACACACAACUCCCAAUUCGCCAAGACGGACGCUUCUGUUCCUCCAAGCUACGGAGCUAAUUGACAAUCUUCUUUUUCUUCGAAUGAGAUUAGAUGAACGUCACACACAUACAUCUCUAUUGUGUGGCUGUGUCACAACAGGAGAGAAUUUUUUUCAAUUGUCGUGAGCUUCGGAUAUUGUCUACCGAUGUUUUAUCGGUAAUAAAUUCUAGUAGUGACAAAUUUUCAUUAAAAUAGAUGAAGCAUUGAAGAAUGGGCCAAAUGAACAUCUAAACUUGUAUGCGCAAAAUUUAUUAGGAAUGGAAAGGUUAGUGAAACAUAACCUUUGGACUAUAUGCUACGGCUAGUCUAAAAAUAGUUCAUCGAUUUUGGUUGAUGGACUCAUGGCUUGAAAAAGUUUCAGCGAAAACUACUCAAAGUAUUGCUACAUUUUUUUAGUAAAAUACUGCAUCUCAUCAAAAACACAUGGCACCUACUACACCUUUGAGGUUACGUACUACGCAACCUCAUUACUGCGCAAUCAAUCCAUCCUGCUUGUAUAGGACAAUGAAACUGAAAGCUGCAACAGCGAAAACAAAACUAUAAGUAAUAUAGAAGGCAAGCUUAAUUACUACCACUCUAAUCGCACCACAGUAACAGUAAUUACCCCCCAAUAUAUAGUAACAUAAAUAUCAAAUGAGAUUAGUCACUGGGCAGUUCCUGCCCAAAAUGGCGCAAACCCUUUCGGUGAUCGAGAAAACAACCAACCGCAAUCAAAUUAACAAUACUUAUGACGAGACACCCUUAAUUACUACGACUGCGCGCGCAUUGCCUAUCUUUCUUGAACUGAGAUAACUGAACAGUGUGAAAUUUCGACGGAAUUUUUGUGAUACACCGCUCCCCCAUAUAAGCGCGAUAUAGUUCGGUUUCGUUUCUUUCUAUUUCUAUUGGCGCAUUUGUAAGAUUUGCGAUCGAUUUCCGACCGAUUUAGAUUAUAUCGUCGUCAUAUCUCUCCAUAGCUGACAAUGAGGAGCUUUUUUAAGUGUUAGUUAAAAACAAAACAAAUGUUAGCUAAGUAUAGUUAUUGAGAAGAAUUCUAUUGUCUAUGAGCUUUCUAUUUUGUUAGAUGUAUUUUUUACUGUAUUAGGCAACGUUGCUUUGCGAUCAACUCAGCUGAAUGUUACACAAACCAAGUGAAGUAGGGGAUCCUUCGGGUUAAUAGGAACUCUUUGGACGGUGUAACUAGGUCAUGUAAGAGGGUCAAUGGUUUACAGGACAUGGCUGAAGAUUAGGUGAAAAUAAUAGAACAAAUAUAUGUACGAAUCAACAAUA